UGCUUAUGUAAAUAAAGGAAGUUCAGUCAUCGGGACCACUUGAUCUCUGGUUGCUGUUGCAGGUAAUGAAUGUUGAAUUCCUAAAUCUGAAAGAUAGUCUUCAGUUUGACAAGUCUAUAAUUGGAUUAUUUGUGUUAUUCUACAUUUAUAAUUCUAUGGUUCUUCAGCCUUACAGAUUCAAUGAUCAAGUCAAGUACAGUAGAUGUCAAAGAUUGCAACUAUAGUCGGAGAAGCUGCAGGGGCGCUUGUCUUUGUGGCUGUCGUCAUGGGGUUCUUUUGGUUUUACAAGUCAUGUAAGAACCUUUUCAGUAGAACUUCAGAGACAGGCUCCUCCGAUCCUUCUGCAUUAAGAGCUGGACCCAGUUCGGCCGCUGGCCAGUCUUUAUUUGGACCUCAAGGAGCAAGGCAGUUCAUACUGGAAGAGUUGGAACAAGCAACCAAACAAUUUGCUGACAGUAAUCUCAUUGGAUGUGGAAGUUUCGGUCCGGUAUAUAAGGGUUGGAUUCAUGACAUUGUUGUGGCUAUCAAAAGACAUCCCGGUGCUCCUCGACAGGAGUUUGUUGCAGGGGUAAUGUAUUUGUCAGAGAUUCGACAUCGAAAUUUGGUUACUCUUCUAGGCUACUGCCAAGAGAAUGGAUCUCAAAUGUUGGUCUAUGAAUAUCUACCUAGCGGCAGCAUUUGCAAUCAUCUAUAUGAUACCAGAAGACAGGCUCCAACUAGACUAGAGUUCAAGCAGAGGAUAUCAAUAGCUCUGGGGGCAGCUAGAGGUUUAAGCCAUUUGCAUGGCCUGAAACCUCCCUUGAUACACAAGAACUUCAAAACAGCCAAUGUCUUGGUUGAUGAGGACUUCAUUGCUAAGGUUGCAGAUGCAGGGGUCUCAAUGUUACUUGAAAAGAUAGAAGAAGCAUGUCCAUCUUACACGUCUAGCAUCAAUGUUUUCCGAGAUCCAGAGGUGGAAGCAUCAGGGACCUUCACAGAAAUGAAUGAUGUCUACAGCUUUGGGGUGUUUCUUUUGGAGCUCAUAACUGGACAGGAGGAGGCUGUGCUUAUCAAUUACCUAGGAUCCAAUGAGAGCUUAAUUCAAUGGGUACAAUCACGGCUGAAUUCCAAUGAAUUUGUGGACCGUCGGCUAGUUGGAAGCUUCACUAUGGAUGGCUUCAGGGAUUUGAUCAGGCUGACACUAAAAUGCAUGAGUUUUCCUGGAAAGAGGCGGCCGAAUAUGAACAAGGUUGUGGUUGAGCUAGAACGGAUCCAUGAAAAAGAGAUGGAACUGACUACAGUCAUGGGUGAGGGUUCUGCAAAAAUUACUCUUGGCAGUGAGCUAUUUGCUUCAAAAUAAAGAGAGGAUUCCAAUGGCAUUUGUUAAGCUUGGCCAAGCUUAGGCUUACAAAAAAACAUCUUGAACUGUUUAUAAGGUAAUGAGAGAUAGAGAAUGGGGGGUGGGGAUGGGGGUGGUCAAGCUGCUGUAAAGUAAUGGAAAUGUAAUUAUGGAUUUGAUUCUUCAAACGAUGCAUAACAAAAACCGUAAUAUUAAUAUAUCAAGCAUCUAUGAACUUUUCUUCUGAAA